UAAAUGCAGCCGGGCUCUCUCUCUCUCUGAUAAAAUAAAUCACUUUGGUAAACGUAAGAACACUCUAUCUUCUUCAUUUUUUUUAAAAUUUUUUUAGUUGCAAAAUCACAGGAAGAAGAGAAAAAAAUGGCUUCAUAUGGAAGUAUGACUGUUGUUUCUUCUAUACAAGAAGUUGAGUAUGAUGAUAUUGAUGCUGGGUUUGAUCAUUUUCAUGACCAUCAAUCUCAUCCACAUAACUUGUCUAGCUUUUCCAUGUCUACUAGUUCAACGUACACGAACUUUCAUGGUGAUGAUGAUGAUAUGGGGAAGAACAUGUCGAGAUUGUCAAUUGAAAACUUUGACGUAGAUGUUGAUGAAGAGUUCUCCAUCAAAGAGUCGCUUCAACUUUUAUCCGACUCCGACAAAGAACCUUAUUGUUACUCUCUUCCCGCCGUCCCACCUCAUCGGGUCUUGUCUAAGGUAGCAGACAAAGAUUGUGGUAGUGAAAAUGAAGCUCAAAAGGGUAGUUUUGGAUGGCAGAAAGGGAGCAAGAAUGUGAGGAGGAGUGGAAGUUGUUGGGAUAAGGAGAUUAAAAGCAGCAGCGAAAAGAAAGAAGGGGGUUUAAUGGUGGGUUAUAAUGGGAAUAGUUUUAGCGGGGAGAGUGAGGGUGAGGUGGUGGUGAUCACCAGGCCAAAAGGAGGGAAGAGGUCAUUGUGUAUGGAUAUGAAGUGAAGGCGUGUAGGGAUUUAGGGUUCGAGUUGGAGAUGCCAAGUCGCUUUUCCAGUUUUGAUGCUACAUGCAGUGAUGGCACUUCUCCCAUCACCAAUUGGCGUAUCUCUGGCCCUGGUGACGAUCCAAGAGAUGUCAAGGCUCGACUCAAGGUGUGGGCACAAGCAGUGGCACUUGCAUCUGCGUCUAUGCAUUGCGGUUGACAAGCUUAGCAUCUCCCAACUAUCAUCAUCGACUACUAUUUUUGCUUCCAUCCAUUGGAACCCUUUUGGUGUGAUUUGGUACCUUUUCUUCUGCAUCUUGCUUCCUAAAGAGGAAGUUAUUCAAGCGGUUUCAUUGGGGUGGCAUCGUGCUAUCAAGAACAUCAAAUAAGCAACACCCAGAACCCAAGGUUUAGUCAAGUUAAUGCAUGUAAACCGUUCUUAAGAGGUUACGUUCAACAAGUGUAGAGUUCGGAUCCUGGUUUUUGCAACAUCAAGGCAGAGCAAGGUUUCACUU